AUGGCAUCCAAUAAUAUGUACAGAGUCGGGGAUUUCGUUUAUUUUGAAUCAUCAGCCACUGCUCCAUAUCAAAUCCGUCGAAUAGAUGAACUUAAUAAAACUCCCACUGGUGCUGUUGAAGCUAAAGUUGCCUGUUACUACCGUAGACGUGAUGUAUCCAGUGCUUUGAUUAAUCAGGCAGAGAAAUACUAUGGCAGUGAUGAAGAUUACGAUGAAGAAUGUACAAAUGAAACAACCAAUUCAAAUAAUAAUGAUAAUAACUCCAAAGAAGGCUUAAAACGUUCUAAUACUGUAAUCACUGAACAACAAAAGCAUCAAUUAAAACAUCGAGAAUUGUUUCUUUCACGACAAGUUGAAUGUCUACCAGCUACUCAUAUUAGGGGUAAAUGCUCGGUUACAUUACACAAUGAUGCAGAACCAUUGACAAAUUACCUAGUCAGAGAUGAGGCAUUUUAUUAUAAACUUAUAUAUGAUCCUAAUUUAAAGACUCUUCAAGAAGAUAGAGGUUCAAUGAGAAUUGGAUCAGAUUAUCAGUCUGAGAUACAAUGCUUACUAAAAUCAAAAUCAGAAGAUGUCCGGUUGACUGAAGUACAUGAAGAGUUAGUUUGGUCCCCUUCCCAUUCAUUAACAGUUCAAGAAAUCGAUAUGUUUUGUUUAUUAGCCAAAGCUGUUGGUACGUACGGUCGUGCACAUGAUACUUCAUCAUCUACUAAACAACCACUUCUACUAAGUGCUACAGCUUCAGCUGCACGUGAUAUAACUCGUCAACAUGCGCAUGAUAUACUUCAUGAAGCCAAUUACGACUUGAAUAAAGCCAUAAAUCUUCUAUUACCUGGUGGUCAACCUAUUAUUUAUCGUGAUCAAUUAGAAGAUUGGUCUGCAAACGAAACAAAUAUAUUUGAAGAAGCAUUAGAUAAAUAUUCGAAAGUAUUCGCAGAUAUACUUUCUAAUUGCUUACCAUGGAAAACUCAUAAAUCAAUAGUUGAACUUUAUUAUUUUUGGAAAACUACAGAUCGUUAUGUUCGACAACGUCGAACUAAAUUAGCUGCUCAGGAACAUAAAUUAAAACAAGUUUAUAUUCCAAAUUAUAAUAAACCUAAUCCAGCUGUAUUAUAUCACAAUACGGAUAAAACAAUUAAUCGACCAUGUGAAGGAUGUGGAUCAUUAAAUUCCCCUCAAUGGUAUGCAUGGGGUCCAUCGAAUGCUAACUCUCGUCUAUGUACUGAUUGUUGGUCUUAUUGGAAACGUUAUGGUGGUUUGAAAAGUAUCGAAUCUAAAGAGCGUCCUACUACAACCUUACGUACUCAGCAACAGUUAAACAAUUCAACAGUUGAAACUAAUUCAAAAUCUGGUGGUCCUAUUAACAUUACUGGAUCAGUAAAUCACCAAUUCAAAUCUCAUUCGAUUGGCUUAUCAAGUGGAGUGAGUGAUGCUCUAGAUGGUGGUGACAUUGAUACAUAUACAAAUGACCAUCAUAAUAAUAAUACGUCUGCUACAAACAUGACUAAUAAUGCUAAUCUCUCCGCUGCUAAUAGUAAAUUAAUUGAUGGAUCUGGAUUUUUCGGUACUUUAAUCGGUACCCCAAGAGGAACGCAAUGCUUUAGAACUCCGUCCAUUAUACGUCUAGCACGCAUACUCUGUCCAAAUCUUGUUCAACCUCUACGUUUAGCUCGACAUCCUGGUGGAGUACCAGAAAUUUUCUCAUCUAAGCAACAAGUCCAACAUGAAAGCGAAUACAAUGAAUCUAAUCUAACGGGGAUGGAUAAUUUGUCUGAAUCUAAUAUGAUGUUGAUGUAUGAAACACUGAAGGCUGCUGCUCAGCCGAUAAUAGCACGUAUACACGAUCCAUCAAUUUUACUGACUCGACCACGGAGAGCACGACGCUUAAAUGAUGUGAUUGAUUCAAUGGCUUCACGCAAAGGUAUUGUGUUUCAGCCAUUAGAUCUAUCAUCAACUUUAAAGUUGUCAGUUGCAAACGGUCCUGUCUACGAUCGUAAACGUCCUCAUUCACCUGUCUCUAUAAAUGCACCAUCUUCAAAAAAAUUACAUGAAACUGAUGAUAAAGUAAAUAGGAGUAAAAACUCGUCAAUGUUGACAGAAAAUAUCACAAGUGAAAAGUGUUUAACUAAUGGAAAGAGUACCGCAUCUGUUGUGGGCACUAGUCCGUUUAUUACUAAGUCCGAUUGUCCUCUUUCAUCCGCCCCCACAGCUGUUUCAUCCAGGCCAAAAAAACCAGCAUUAACAACUGAUCCUAGUUUAAUUAAUCAGAAUUUAAUUUUAACUAGUAAUGGAAUUUCUACUGAUGACAGAACAACAAUCAUAUCGAAAUUUGAAUCGGAGCUAAUUCAGUAA